AUGGCAGCUGUGGAGAAAAAUGCAGUGACCUAUGAUGACGUGCAUGUCAACUUCACUUUGGAAGAAUGGGCUUUGCUGGAUCCUUCCCAGAAGAGUCUCUACAAAGAUGUGAUGGUGGAGACCUACAGGAACCUUACUAGUAUAGGAUACAGCUGGGAAGACCAUAAUAUUGAAGAACAUUGUCAAAGUUCUAGAAGACAUGAAAGAAGGUCAAAAUGUUUGAACUCAAUGUGGAAACCUUAUAUUUGUUAUUCUUCCUUCAUUAGGUAUAUCAUAUGUUACUCUGGAUACAAGCCACAUGAGCAUAGGGAUGUGAAAAGAUACAACAUACCUCUCUCUCAGAACAGAUAG